GUGUGUGUGUGUGUGUGUGUGUGUGUGUGUGUGUGUUCGCGUUUCAGAAGGCACUGUGUUAACUCGAGAGCCCUGGUCUCCAGGAUUUGCUGUGCAAGUUCACUGGUGUCUGAACUGACUGAGCAGUAGUCAUGUUUGUCUGAGAGGACUGGUGGCCAGGAACGAGCCACGGUCAGUGCCUAAUAAGACACAGGACCAGCUGGCAGGGAGCCACAGCAGUUCUUGCAAGUGGUUUUCUCAUAAGCAACAUGGCUUCAGGCUGAAGAGGAUGGUCACGCAGUCUGCUAGGAAUUCCAGAUCAGAGCGGAGUCUCGGGACUUGGCGGAGCGGGUCCUGGAAGCCCCGGAUUUUGAAAUGAGUGAGUUCGUGGAGCCGUGAGUGCCCGUGAAUCAAAUGGGGAAUGUCUGUGGCUGCGUGAGGGCUGAGAAAGAAGAGCAGUAUUUCGAUCCUGCCAAAAGUCCCUUGAGUCCUGAAAAAUACUCUCAGGGAAGAAAGUAUUUCAGAAGAAAACCACGCCAGAAAGUUGAGGGUGACACCGAGCCAGUGCGACAAAGCGGAGAAAGAGAAGGCAAGAAGGGUGUUGGUCAGCCUGCGGGGGGACAGCCAGCUGUGGCCUCCGGAGAACUGGUGUGGGAGCGCCCUGCUGCAAGCCCCACUCCGGAAGAUGGUGUGCAGCUGGGGAAGACAGCCACAGACCAUGGUGAACAGAAACCUCUGCCCAGUGUUGGGAACAGCUGCCCCUACCUAGUGGCCGUUUCCUCUGCUCAUGGGAGAUACUCAGAAGUACAGGUUAGCAUCCCGGACAAGACGAUUUCAGAAAAAGAUAGCCCUCCAUAUUGCCCGGAGAGGGAGAGACACUUAGAUGAAAUCAACACAGAACACAGAACAUUCCUGAGAAGAAACGAUGUUUCUCUUUCCCAAAAGACGUCCAGUUCAAGCCCCAUUCUCUGUGCCACAGAGAAAUCCCUUGAAAAGACUGUGCUUGUGGGAAACCUGUCAAAAAGCUGCAGCAGUGUCCUGGAACAGGACAGCGCUGGGAGAGGUCGCCCUCUCACAGCACACCCUCAUCAGCUCACCAAAAGGAGGUACCAUUCCCUCCAUGCUAGUGUGUCCUCUGUCUCCAAGGACGCACCUGGGGAUGACAGGUGCCAGGUAAGUGACACUGGUGCAGGUGACUGCUCCUCCUCCUCCUCCUCGCACCAGACUACAGUGGUUGCAGUUUCUAAAAAAUGCCAUCUGCAUACUAGCCUGUAUGUCAACACUGCGACUUUGAGUGUUACCCAUGUCUCUUACCCUCACUCUAAAUAGCGCUAGGUUUCGUUGUUGCAUAACAUGGGAAAGCACUGGUUUAAUGGGACGCCUAGGCUUGGUGUCUCCAGUUCAUGGCUCUUGGUGUGUCUUUUUGUAAUAGUCUUCAGAAACAGCCUUGUGAUAGGUAAAAGUUACAUUAGAAAACAGUUGAAUACCUCUGUGUAGAUAGCAGAGAGGAUUUUAAUGUUACACACACACACACACACACACACACACACACACUCACACACACACUGACAAAUGUUUGAGACAAUAGCUUGCCUAAAUAUGCCCAUUUGAUUAUUGCCAGUCAUAUAUCCAUACAAACUGUAGUCCCCAAAUAGGUUCAGUCACCGUGUCAGUUAAAGUAUGAAGUAUUGUCUAUCGGGGGAUAUGUAGUGACCGUGUAGCACACAGUACAUUUCUCCGCAUUCCGGCUCGCUGUUCCAUAGUCCAAGAGGCCAAAUUCCAGUUCUCUAUCAGCUGUCAUGCACGGAACAUUCACAUAAUUGCUUUCGGUCUUCCUGGGUGCUGAGGGCAGAGUCAAACAUUAGCUUGCCCAGAUUCCAUGGCCCCUGUUUGACAUCAGAAAUUGUUGGGGCAGCAUGUCAUUGGGACUGGGAUGUGACUCAGGCUGCCAGGAAGCUGGGCUCUUUUCCCCCUGACAUUGAUAUUUACCUUUGGACAAAUUACUUAUCUUCCAGAUAUAAUUGGAUGAGGAUAAUUUACUUCCCCGGGGAAGUGCAUUACCUAAAUGACUUCUCGUUGCUAAGUCAGGACUGU